AUGUCGUCGAGUACUUCAACCUCCGAGUCGACGGCCCUGAAGAAAGACAGCAGUGUCGCUAUCGCCAUCGUGCUUCCAUGCAUAUUCGCGGUGAUUCUGGCGAUGGUAGUCGCUGUAGCAUUCAUAUUCCCCCGGCUAAGCAGACGAAACGCAACAAAUUCCCGAGAUGAGAUCAAGAAGAAGAGACUUGAAAGAUUGGACAACAGUGUCAAGGCACAGUUCUUCGUAGACUGGGCAGCGAAGAAGAAGGUGGAGCAUCCGGAAUACUGCAUUACUGUGAAGCCUAUAUGUGUUAUAUGCCUUGACGAGAUUGAAGAUGCGGCGCAGAUCCGCGGACUCGAUUGUCUACACGUAUUCCAUCAGGAAUGUUUAGAUGAUUGGUUUGCGAGGUGCAAUGAGUACUGUCCGCUCUGUCAGAGACCGAUUGUAGAAGGGACCAGGCCGAAAAGAAGAAGACUGGAAGAGCCACCGCCUGUUGCUUUUCUCGUGUGA